AUGGUGGCGUUGUCCGUUUUGGCGGUGCCCGUGUCCGGUUGGGCGGCCGAUACCAUCCAUGGCGCGCUCGCCAAGGCGUAUGAGAACAAUGCGCAGCUCAAUUCGGCGCGUGCCGGCCUGAGGGCCACCGAUGAGGGUGUUCCGCUGGCCAAGUCGGGCAUGCGUCCCCGCGUCACGGGCACGUCCGGCAUCGUCUAUUCGUCGGAUUCGCGCGGCGGACCGGCAACCGGUCGCGGCCAGUCGCAGGUCAGCUUCGGCAUCGAGAUCAAUCAGGCGAUCUUCGACGGCUUCCAGACCCGCAACAAUGUCCAGGCGGCGGAAGCCGGCGUGCGCGCCGAGCGGCAGAACCUGCGCAACACAGAGCAGAACGUGCUGUUCGACACCGCCCAGGCCUAUAUGGAUGUCGUCCAGAACCGCCAGAUCGCGUCUCUCAGGGCCCGCAACCUGGAGUUCCUGCAGGAGCAGCUUCGCGCAGCCCGCGCGCGUUUCGAGGUUGGCGAGGGCACGCGCACCGAUGUCGCCCAGGCCGAGGCGAGCCUUGCCGGCGCCCGCGCGCAAUUGACCGCCGCGCGCGCAGCGGUCGGCUCCAGCGAAGCGGUUUAUCGUCAGCUGACCGGGGUCAAUCCCGGCGCGCUGUCGCCGGCCCAGCCGCUGUCGCGCCUGCUGCCGGGAUCGCUCGAUGGCGCCUAUUCGACCGCCUUUGCCCAUCAUCCGGCGAUCAAGGUGCGCGAUGCGCUGGUCGAUUCCAGCCUCUUCAGCGUCAAGGCCGCCGAAGGCGCCUUCCUGCCGCAGAUCGGUGUGAGCGCGUCUCUCUCGCAGGCCACGACUUCGACGAGCCGGGGCAGCACCUCCGGAACCGCCGCCUCGAUCGGCGCGCAGCUCACCGUACCCAUCUAUCAGGGGGGGCAGGCGAGCGCGACCGUGCGUCAGCGCAAGGAACAGCUUGGACAGGCCCGGAUCGACAUCGACGUGGCGCGCGAUCAGGUCCGCGCCGCGGUCGCCUCGGCCUGGACCCAGCUCGAGGCCUCGCGCGCCUCGCUCAGCGCCAACCAGGAAUCGGUGCGCGCUUCGCAACUGGCGCUCAACGGCGUCAUCGAAGAGCGCAAUGUCGGCCAGCGCACGACGCUCGACGUGCUGAACGCCCAGGCGACCGUGCUCGACGCGCAGGUCGCGCAGAUCCAGGCGCAGCGCAACCUCGUCGUGUCAUCCUAUGCGCUGGCGUCCGCCGUCGGCCGCCUGACCGCGUCCCGCCUCGGCCUGAACGUGCGCCAGCACGAUCCCGAAGAGCAUUACAACGCCGUCAAGGAUCUCUGGUACGGCUUGCGCACCCCCGACGGCCGCUGA